AUGGGCUCUAUUCAAUUAACAGAUUACGAGCUAAACUACGAUCGGUGGGAAAGUGCCAGAUUAGGACCGAUGCUUGAGCUCAGAUGUCUGAAACUAAACGCUUGGGGCAAGGCAAUUCAAUUUACCAGUCCUCGAUCCGAAGAAGGAAAGCCAUAUAUGCUUAGGAAACAGACCCCAUAUUUCGACCCCAAUAUUUAUUACCAGAGAACCUUAGACAGAUCUGCCAACGAUGAAUCACAAGCAACGGGUCAAGAACUCAAGUUUCGCUUACCAGGAUUUGAGUUGAGUUUUUCCAGGUUGGGGUUCCAGUAUCAACCAACAUAUUUGGAUAUUUACGCGUGGAAGAUCGAGCUUGAGGGCCAACUCUUUAAACGCUUACUGAGGGAGAAACAAGGAGACAGAUCCUCAGCCAGAGCUCUUGACGAUCCACUCCUCAUAUCUGCUUUAUUUACUAGGACUCUGAUUACCAGACAGACAUUUGGAAAGAACUCCAAGGAGAAGCUAACUCUUCCACCACUUCCCCAACUCAUUGAUAGUUACGCGUCAGGAAUCCAGAUCUUCAGAAUAAUGGGUAAACGACUUCCCGCUUUGACCAAUCGAAACAGAUCUAACGAAAGCUGGGCCAAGGACUCAUCAGAGGCUUUUCCUGGGCUGCUGGGAGUCGCACUUCGCAAAGUACCAGAUCGAAGUUACAAAGUCGAAAGAAAGAACCACAGAACAGAGGUCUAUAUCGAGCCUGCUAUUAUAUUAGAUGAUUACCUUUUCGGUCAGAACUACUGGAAGACUUGCUGCCUUCUACUUGCCAACCCGGCGAUCCAGUUUCCGACCUUGGGUAAACAUCCUUUCCCACUAGUCUAA